AUGCGAGUUGAGCUUCUGAUUUUCAUUUUAAUUGAAAGCAUUUUUUGCAAAAAUACUAAACAAAGACUUAUGACAUUGUUGAAAACUAACUUGAAAUUUUAUGACCAAUGGAUACAUCUUGUUGAGCAACAGCACCGACAAAAGCAUCAACAAAAUAUUACCACUGCGCUCAAACAGAUCAAUCAUACAAUGAUGAAUUGCACGUCAAGUUGGGGAAUGCAUAUGGAUCACGUUGAUAACGUGCGACCAGCAGAUAUACAACUUUAUGCUGAAUUAGGACAAUUAACUCGUUAUUGCGAGGACAGCAUUUUAAAGUUGAUUACCGGUGAAUUAGAUUCUUGCCAACAUGCAAGCUACACUAGUCCUUGGCCAUCAAUAGUGAAACUUUUGAUGAAUUUCAACCGUAACAUGACAGUUAUCGAAUCGUCACACGACAAACAACUUGAAAAUCAAACGGAAUAUUUAGUACAAAAAUUCAUAAAGCAUAAAAAUUGGCGAAAUAAGUGGAAAAUGAUUGUUAUUAUGCCAAGUAUGGAGGACGGUGAACCGAAAGAACCAGAACAGUCAGCAGUAAAAGUAAUGAAGUCUAUUAAACGUUUAUAUGAAGUAGUACCAUAUCGAACAGUAUUAAUUGUGGUACGGAGUUCUUCGUUACAGUUAUGGCGUGAUGCGUCUAACGCGCAUCGAGCAUGUCAAACAUUACUUCAACCUUGGAAACUUUAUGAAAAAUUGAAUCCUGUUUCUGUUUGGGACCAAAUUGAAAAAAUCUGUGAUUUAUACUUUCAAAAUUCUCACUUUACUGUGCAAAUUUUGCCUCUUCUGAAGAAUUCUUCGCUGGCAUAUUUGACUGGUACUAAAGAAAUUGACUUAUCAUUGCUUGGCCAUGAUUGCGUGCAUUUUUCUCCACACGGUUUAUCAUUGCUUCACGUAGCAACGUGGAAUGCACUUUUUACUAAAUCUCCUGACCGUUCGCAAAAUUUUGACUUCUCGCAAUCAAAACCUCAAUGCGCUGAUCCAAUUUGCCCUUUUAUUAGAACUAGCAAAAACAGUGCUUUUUGCGUCUGGAAUCCAUCAAAAAUGAGUGGAGAGAGCCAUCGUUCUGAGCAACUUAUUGCUAUUAGCGUAUUACUUGUGGCUACAAUAUUGUUUGUUGUAAUUAUUAGUGCAAUAUUUUAUCUAAGAAAACGUUAUCACAAAUUUGAUGAAAUAUCACCGAAAUUACCAGUAAAACCACCGGUAGGAAUUAAUUGGACUUCAUGGAAGUAUAUUGACGAUGACAACAGCGUCAAUAGCAUAUGCUACAAACUUUAA